UCCCAUUUUCUUCCAUUCCGCUCCCUGGUCAUUUCUGGCAUGGGUCGCAUAGCUUUUCGGAGCUAAACCAUGAGCUCGAGGACGCUCACUUGGCCGCGGACUGCUAAGUCCCCUUUCCUCCAGCGCCAUGCGGUGCUUGGUAGAUAUGAGGGGGGUUCCUCGUCCGCAUUCCCUCCCCUCCCUCGUCGUCGCUGUUUCUCGUCCGUGUGCGGUCGCCGAGUCCAGCAGAGCGCCGAGUUUUCUUCUAGUAGUCAGAGCUACAAUCGCCUUGGUCAUAGAGCCAAGGAAAAGUUGCUUGAUCGGGAAUUCUUCCUCAGCUUGCUCAAUUCCGCAUCUACGAAACGCGAGGCCAAGUCCUAUCUAGCUCGCCUGAAAGCUCAACACCAACCAGAGUCGCCCAAGAAACCGUCCAACAAUGAGAUUGAAUGCACCUUGGCCAAAUCAUUACCACCAGGCGUGAACCUGGGAUCUUUUUAUGGCGCCUCGAGAUCCGUCUACGAUAGUCCCGUAUUCAGACAAGAUACCACCCCGACUCCCAUUCGUCAGCAUCUACCUGAGCGACUACAUCUGGCUCUGAUCAAAAUCAAAACACCGCAGCUUCUGGAUGACUCGACCCUAAAUGGGGUGGCUAAAACUUUAUCCCAGCUUAACCGACUGGGUAUGGCUUGCUGUGUGGUGGUUGAUCCCGGGUCAGACGGUAGCGCCAAUGCUUUGCGGAAGAUAGCUGCUGAACAGGCAGACCGUAUUUCCACGGCAAUUGACGCCCAGCCAGACUCAAAAUCUGCUCAUCUAGACUCCAUAUUAUCGAUCUCCCCGAGAACCCCAGACACGCCCACGGUUUCCUCGCGCAAGCUCCUCCUAGGACCAUUGCGGGAUGGCCAAAUCAUCGUCAUUGCCCCGAUUGCCUACACAGAAGAUACACCAAAGGCGGUGAUUAUGCCUGUCAACGACGCGAUUCUCUCCUUGACAAAGGAGCUUGCGGGUCUAGCGGUAACACCGGAUCCAGAUGAAGACCCUAUGGUCACAGCGAAGACGAUUAGCCACCUACAGAAGGAGGUUUCAUUAGAUCGUGUCAUCAUAUUGGAUCCACUGGGGGGCAUGCCCUCGUUUGGUGGUCCACAGAACACGCAUGUUUUCAUCAAUAUGAACCAGGAAUUCGAAAAUAUCGAGAGUGAAUUACUCAAAGUGCGGCAAUCGGCUGAAGCAGACAUCCGGUCCGCGGAUCAACCUGCAUAUCCCAUUGCAGACAGCAACCUGUUCUCCAAGUUUGCAGGCUCGGAGAUCGCACCAGUACCUUCUGGAGAUUCUCGCGUCUCUCUACCGUACAAGGUGGAGAAAAGUGCCAUUGACGGCCACCUGGACAACCUACGGUUAUCUCAGCAGACCCUGGCCAUGCUCCCUUCGGCAUCGUCCGGUAUAAUCACUUCUCCGCUGGAAGUUGCCAACUCAGCACGUUCUCCUGCAGCCACUCCCUCUGACUUGUCAGCAGUGGGUACCCGACGACAGAGGAAUCCCCUCAUUCACAACCUGCUGACAGAUAAACCCCUGCUCUCUUCGUCUCUACCCGUAAGCAGGCGAAAAGCUAUGAAUGGGGGACGCGGCACUAUCAACAUGCCUACCCCCCAUACGACAUUUGUCAAGCGAGGCAUGCCCCUCACUUUAGUACCGGACCCGCGGGUUCAGGUAUGGACGGCCCAAACCCGUCCGAAGCUGAGCCUCGAAGACCCCUGCAUUGAUCUUCCACGUUUAGUCCACCUCAUCGAAGAUUCAUUCAAUCGUAAACUUGACGUCAAGGACUAUCUGAACCGGGUCAACGGUCGACUCGCUGGGCUGAUUAUUGCCGGAGAGUACGAAGGUGGUGCCAUUUUGACCUGGGAACUACCUCCGGGCGUCGAGGAUGAUGGCAGCGAGGCCAGUGCGGCGAGAAUGGUACCCUACCUCGAUAAAUUCGCCGUCCUCAAGCGCAGCCAGGGUGCAGGAGGUGUUGCCGACAUUGUGUUUAAUGCGAUGGUGCGCACAUGCUUUCCUAACGGGGUAUGCUGGCGUAGUCGCAAGGAUAACCCGGUGAACAAGUGGUACUUUGAGCGGUCCCUGGGGACCUGGAAGCUAGACGAUACCAAUUGGACGAUGUUUUGGACGACUCCAGAUUUGACCGAGGAUCCCCAGAGGUUCCGCGAUUACCAAGGGGUGUGUCGUGGCAUCCAGCCCAGCUGGGCGAACGACACAGGUGUUGUCGAUUGAUUGAUUUACGAGGGUACAUAUCAGUCCAAUAUAUAUCAAAGAUAAAAAAUUUCGAAUAUAGAUAUCAUCCAUGGAUAUCCUCCUGGAAAGGGCCAUCUGGAAGUUGAUUAUUCAAACACACCCGCUAAUACUUGUCCCCCCGAGGUUUAUUUUUUUUUUUUUACCUGAGGAGCUGAUAUCAUUUCCUGCUGAUAUAUGGACCCUUUCAUGUAUACUGUAAAUUACCCCUAGAUUAGUGAGAAGGGUUGUUUACUUACACAGUUCAAGGCCAUGCUUGCAGAGAUUAUAGACUCUGAAUGGACACUCGAUUCUGUCACUAGAAUCAUAUUUGCAAGAUUCCUGACUGCUACUAAUUAAAAUGUAU